CUACAAAAGCUGUCUGGACAAAUUAUAGUUUUGGUAAGUGGGGUAUUUUGCUAUUUCCCUCUCUCGUUCGCUCCUUCCGUCGACUCCCUCUGCUCUCUGACUCUGACCACACAACACCAGUCACCAGUCACCAUUAAUUGUAGCUCAGAAGAAGGAUGGAUUAUAAAGCGAAAAGAAAGUCAUCGUUUCGUGAUAGAUUGAAUGAUCAGAAAAAAGACAAGCGCAUAGUUUCCCCUCUUGUAAGGUAUAAUGACAAUAAUCAGCCAGUAUGUAAGGUCUGCGAUAUCGUCUUGAAGUCCGAAUCCUUUUGGGAUGUACAUCAAGUUUCCCGUAAACAUCAUGAGGCAAUGAGUAAUUUCAAAGCCUCUGCAGCUGCAUUAAAUGCAGGAAACAAGGGAAAACCCGAGUCCCGUAAGGAGUUGCCUAAAUCUAAACAUGAAAAUUUUGAAGAGUUGGAAAACACUCGAUUUGAGAAUUCAGUAGCAUCAACUAGACCUCAGUUAUCAUCGGGGCUUCCUCCAAAUUUUUUUGAUAACAAUGACUCACAAAAGCCAAAUACAAGCACUCAACCUGAGCAUGCUAGAGCAUCAACCAAAUCUCAGUCGUCAUCUGGGCUUCCUCCAAACUUUUUUGAUGAUAGUGACUCACAAAAGGCAAAUACAAGCACUCGACCUGAGCAUUCUAGAGUAUCAACCAAACCUCAGUUGUCAGGGCUUCCUCCUAACUUUUUUGAUGACAGUAACUCUCAAAGGCCCAUUACAGGUACUGAGACAGAAAUUAUGAAGCCUGCCAAGGAGCUCACACAAACGUCACAAAUAGCUGGUUCUGAAGCAAAGCAAGUCAAGGGAGCUCUUCCAGAAGGAUUCUUUGAUAACAAGGAAGCCGACUUACUUGCAAGGGGCAUAAAGCCUGUUAAGCCAGAUGUCAAGGAUGAGUACAAAGAAUUUGAGAAGUUGAUUCAAGAGGACUUGCAAGAGGUGGACAAUCGUAUGGAAGAAGAGGAGAUUGAUGCUGCUGAAAUGAUUGAAGAAGCUGAAUCUGUUGAGCAAAAGACUUACAGAGAGAAAGUUGAAUUGUUGAGGAAGAAGAAGAUGGAGCUGAAGGCCGAUAGGUCUGCUAAGCGCAGCAAAGGUACAGAGGGUGUUAGUGCGAGGCCAAAACUUGAAGAAUCCUCUAGCGAUGAUGACAGUGAUGAGAAUUUCGCAGUUGAUUGGAGAGCUCAACAUUUGUGAGUAUCUUAUAUCACUCAAAGAGGUAAAGACAGAUCUGUCCUGAAAAGUCAACCUUCCAAAAUAGUUGUUAUCCGCAAAUGAUAUGUUCUUAAAGAGUUCAGGUCCAAUAUCAUGUCUAUUAUCGAGCUUGUUAUCACUCAUUGCAAAAUAAUUUUGUACACUCGCAUUAACUGAGAUAGCAAGAUAAGCAAAGCCAUUUCUCUAUAUCCGCGCAUAGUUGAAAUUUUGUCUUCAAUUUCUCCAAUCUCCAAUAUGUAUCACUCAUGUUUGAAUGACCACAUUAUUUGUAAUAUUAGCAAAAUUGUUAAUAUUUAAAAGUUAAUAAAUAUAUCCCAAUUAACAUCGGCACUA